UGUGCCCCUCCUCCACCGACGUCCACGCAGACCCGGAUGUGGCUGCCCCACGCACACGCACUGGCCGCUUCUGGAAGGCUCUCAUGAUGGACUUUCUGAAAGCGGAGAUCGUGAGGAAAAGGAAACUUAUAGAGGAUAAAAAUCUCGUGGAGGGUAACAAAAGGUACUUCAAGCGAGGUGACUUGGCAAAGAAAGAAGAGGAGGCAUACUAUGAGAGAUGCGGCCUCAAGAGGGCUUCUCACAAGGCGACCGAGAAACAACCCCAGAUGAUGGCCAAUCAGCAGGAGGAGAAGGAGAUUGCCACGAGCAGCAUGAUGGACAUGGAGCUCAUGGGGGAGAAGCUGCCUAUGACGCUGAGCCGGCAGGAGGUUAUCAAGCGACUGCGAGAGCGAGCAGAGCCAAUUCGACUCUUCAGCGAGAGCGACUACGACGCGUUCCAGCGGCUGCGCAAGAUCGAGAUCCUCGCGCCCGAAGUUAACAAAGGUUUGAGGAACGACUUGAAGACAGCCAUGGACAAGAUCGACCUGCAGUACCUGAACGAGCUGGCGGCCGGGCAGGAGACGGAGGAGGAAGGUCAGAACGACCUCAAGGUGCAGGAGGAGAACACCACCAUCGAAGAGCUGCAGGAAUUGGGGAAAACUCUGGGCACAGAAAACGACCACCAGGACAUGGACCUGAUUCUGAAAGUCUUAAAGUUCCUGCUGGGCAGCUGGGCUAAGGAGCUGAACAGCCGUGAGGAGCACGUGAAGAGAGGCGUGGCGGGGAAGCUGGCCAGCGCCACGCACAGCCAGACCGAGGCCUACCUGCAGCCGCUCUUUCGCAAGCUCCGCAAAAAGAAUCUGUCAUCGGACAUCAAGGAGUACCUCACGGACAUCACCAAGUUUGUGCUGCAGCGGGAGUACGUGAAGGCCAACGAUGUGUACCUGCAGAUGGCCAUUGGCAACGCCCCGUGGCCCAUCGGGGUCACAAUGGUGGGCAUCCACGCCCGCACGGGUCGCGAGAAGAUCUUCUCGAAGCACGUGGCGCACGUCCUCAACGACGAGACGCAGCGCAAAUACAUCCAGGGGCUGAAGAGGCUGAUGACUGUUUGCCAGAGGAAUUUUCCCACCGACCCCUCCAAGUGUGUGGAGUACAAGGCCCUCUGAACAGAUGCCAGCCUCUCCAUCCAAAUUUUCCACCCCCCCCCACCUUCCCUUGUAAAUGUACCCGGACCGCAUUACCGUAUUUAUUGUAAUUGUAUCCGACCGCAUUACCGUAUUUCUGUUGGAUGGCGGCCACCCUCCCUCGAGAGCGCUACGGCGAGAUGCCCACCACCCGGAUUGGCUACGGGAGCUCGCGCUCGCGUGAAUAAAUUAAAACUCUCCGGGGGGGAGGGGGUUACCAAAGCUCGAUCUAUUUCUGGUCACUUCCCAUUUUUUAUUUGUUAAAUAAAAAGGGGAAUGAAGAGGUGGGCAAAGUGUGCAUGGGAGAGAGAUGGGAUAAAUGUAACGCGCGCUGAUAAGGUAAGGAGUCUUAAAACAUUUGUAGGAUAUGCUGUAGGUGUAUUGUGCACGUACGAGGCGUGUCCGUGGUUCAAGCCCACUCGCUCACAGCGAUUUGAUGAAUUGUCACGGUUUCGAGGUUGUGCUCGGUCGCAUUUUAUGUUUUUUUUCUUUGUCUUUGUGCCAGUCUCCCUCGCUGCAUCAGCCUGCAUGGAAUGCGACGAGCAAUUCAUUUUAUUAACGUUUCUCACCAUUGUCAUCAAAAUAUCUGCGAACCUUUUUGUAUAUGAUUGUUAAUAGUUUCACGCUCAUCUGUGCACGUGCUGUGAGCGUAAUAUAUUUUAGUCAAUUGGCGAAUCUUUCCACGUGUGACACGCGUGUGCGCAUUACACGUACACACGCACACACUUGUAAAGUCGUGUUUUUCCAAGAAAUAACUACUAGGAUGUGACUGUACACGUCUUGAAUAAAAACACUUGGCAAAUUCGUCAGUGACACUGUGUGGCCUUAAACGGAAAAGUAUGUAAUAGGUGACGUUUCGGGUAAUGAUCCACCUUCAUGGCACACGUCUUGAACAGACACCGGUGGCUAUGGGCUUGAAUCCUUCGAUGUCUAACGUGUACCGAUGCAUUGCACGUCAACGCACACGCUGCAGUACGCUUCUCAACGCUUGGAAGUGUUGUGAUAGGUGCUUGCUCAAACACGUCCAGAAUUCACCUGGUGGGAUAGAUUUAAACAAAAACAUCGUGAGUAAAAAUAUUUAACUUGCAUUGAUUUAGAUUACAAACUAAAUUAACCUUUUCACCAGUUAUGCAACGAGCAUUUGGCCCUCAAGGAAACAAAUACUAGAAUGUAAACUAUUGGUAUAUUUUGGUAUUUCGGCAAAUGUAGUUAAACGUGUGUAAUAAAUGAAGAAACUUGGAGAUAUCGAGUACGUAUUGUAAAUACUGUGGCAAGUUAGGCAUUUAACGUGUCCAAUAAAACAAGAGGUUGCUUUGUGUUGUUC